AUGAUAUUAGGAAACGAUUGGUUAGCACAACAAAAAAUAGAUGUGCGAUAUUCAUCCCGUACCUUUUACUUUCCCACAUGGAAUCUUAAUGUUCCAUUUUCAAAUACGACCACGGUCCCGAUUGAUUAUGUCCAUCCAGAAGUAACCGUUCAGGAGUGCUCGGAAGAUUCCGAUGACACCACUGAUAUUGAAAACAAUAGUUCUCUAUCUACAAUAACACCCACUAUGUCGAACGAUAAUUGUGAAUAUGAACCUUUUCAGAACAUAAUGGACCACAUCACGUCAAUUACCACAAUCGAUGACUCACAGCGCCAACAAACUAUCAAAUUGUUUAAGAAAUACCAACAUGUUUUCUGCACUCGUCCUGGUUUGAAUUCAUUAUAUACCUGUAAAUUCAACGUGUCUGUCGACACGUCAUUUAAAGUCAACCCCUAUCCAAUUCCAUUUUCUCGUCGUCCCGCUGUAGAUGCCGAAAUGUCUCGUAUGAUUCAAUGGGGUAUCGUUGAAAGAUGCUCGUCCCCGUACAGUCCCCUAGAUGCCUAG